AUGUCAUGGCCUCUUAGCACCGAAAUGACAGCUCAGCAGUUCCAGGAUUGGCAAACAGUCACCGAUUUCAGUGUUCUGAGAUCGUUGACUGUUGGCUGUAUCAGUGAUUCGACACUACUCCGGUCUAUCGUGGAUGAUCAGCCAUUUCGACAGCUAAAGCGACUCACCCUUGCCUUAUUUCCACGAAAAGAUGACGAUGGCCCAAACUUUUGGCAAGCUGCGGAGUCGAUGUUCAGUUCACUACCCCCCUUAACACAUCUUUGUCUACUGGGAAUGUAUACUCCUGAGUUUGCCAACAGCGUGAUUAGCUAUAAGCAUGGGAAAACUCUCCUUGAAUUGGGAUUGCAUAGGGAAAUAAGACCUCAAUCAGGUUCUGAAGGCAUUUCGCUACCGGAAUAUAAACUGUUCAAAAAGGGGCAAGCUGGGCCUACAUUUUCAACUGAGCAUGUUCGAGAGUUGGCAGAUAAUUGUCCAUCUCUCCAGAAGCUAAACAUCUGUGUACAGCGGUAUCCAGGUGCCCAAACUGAUAUGUCGAGUGCUCUGGGCCGGUUUCCAUGCCUUAAGAAACUCGACAUUGUGUGGAAUUGCUUACCGGAAAUAUCUGCCAACAUGAUGCCAGUCCCGUUGCGAGAGCUGACUGACUUUGAAAAGGGUCUGGCAUCAGAUUUCAAUUGGGAUAGUGAUGUUUGCCCUAGAUGGUUCAUUCGGGACUACAUGAUCAACUGUUUCAUGAGCGCUAGCUUCGUCAAGGAAUUCUUCGCACAAAUACGCACAUCUCAAGAAAACCUUGUCCAGCUUGUCAUGAGUCCUCUAAUCGGUCAACGGGCCCAGUAUACUAAAUUGGACCAGUACUCUUGUUUCCCCGGGGAGUAA